GCCCCUGUUCGCUCCGGCCUGUGGCCUGUCCUGCCUUCCCCUCCAUUCUUCCCGAUCCUCAGGAACAGUGAGCAGAAUGAACACAUCCCUGGAACAGAGUGGCUGCUACAGUAAUAGAGAAACACUUUUGAGGUGCAGUGAUGCAAGGAGGGAGCUGGAGCUUGCUAUUGGUGGAGUACUUCGGGCUGAACAGCAAAUUAAAGAUAAUUUACGAGAGGUAAAAGCUCAGAUUCACAGCUGCAUAAGUCGCCACCUCGAAUGCCUUCGGAGCCGUGAGGUGUGGCUCAAUGAACAGGUGGAUCUCAUCUAUCAGCUUAAAGAGGAGACACUGCAGCAACAGGCUCAGCAGCUAUAUUGGCUAAUGGGCCAAUUCAAUUGUCUUAUUCAUCAACUGGAAUAUACCCAGAACAAAGAUCUUGCCAAUCAAGUCUCUCUGUGCUUGGAGAGACUGGGCAGUCUGGCCCUGAAGCCUGAAGAUUCAACUGUCCUACUCUUUGAAGCAGAUACAUCUGCUCUGCGCCAGACCAUCACCACAUUUGGAUCCCUGAAGACCAUUCAAAUUCCUGAGCAUCUGAUGGCUCAUGCUAGCUCAUCAAGUAUUGGGCCUUUCCUAGAGAAAAGAGGGUAUAUCCAGAUGCCAGAGCAGAAGUCAGCAUCCAGUGGCACAGCCGUUUCUCUCAGUGAGUGGCUUCUUGUAAGCAAACCUGCCAUUGGUCUUCAGGCUCCUUAUGUACCCAGUAUCAACCCACAGGACUGGCUUAUCCCAAAACAGACCUCAGAGAAUAGUCAGACUUCUGGCAGAGCCUGCAGUUUCUUCGGCAAUGCCUGGGGCAAUCUGAAGGGCUUAGAAAAUUGGCUCCUUAAUAGUCAUCAACAAGAAAUUCCUGGAAAGCCAAGUUCCUCAAAAUGUAACAGCCAUUGUAGCACCAGUUCUUUCUCCCCUGAAGCUGAAAAGGCUGAAGAUGUAGAGCUCCCUGAUCAAGAUGAGCUGGACCUGUCUGAUUGGCUGGUGACUCCUCAGGAACCCUGUGAGCUGGAGAAGCCUGUGGAUGGCAGCUGGGAAACCAGUGAGAAGUUUAAACUCUUGUUCCAGGUGUUCAGAGAGCCCUACAAUGUGAGUGAUUGGCUUGUCAAGCCUGACUCCUGUACCAACUGUCAGGGCAACCAGCCUAGAGGUGUGGAGAUUGAGAACCUGGGCAGUCUGAAAUGCCUGAAUGAUCACUUGGAGGCCAAAAAAUCAGUGUCAGUCCCCAGUGCAAUCAGCAAGGGCUGGCUUGCCCAGAACCAUCAGUACACAUCGAAAGUAGAGGAAGUGUGCAAAGCCAACGAGCCCUGUACCAGCUUUGCAGAGUGUGUGUGUGAUGACAACUGUGAGAAGGAAGCCAUGUAUAAAUGGCUUCUGAAGAAGGAAGGAAAGGACAAGAAUGGAAUGCCUGUGGAACCUAAAUCCGAGCCUGAGAAACACAGAGAGUCCCUGGCUCUGUGGCUCUGCUCUUCCAGAAAUGAGGCAACAGAACAAGCUAAGGCACCCAAGGCUAUGGCUCCUGCUAGAGUUGCCGAUUCCUUCCAUGGCAUAAAGAAUAGUUCCUUGUCAGAGUGGCUUAUAGGGCCUACAUGCAAAGGAGGCCCUAAGGACGUGCCUAAUACAGAGGAGAGAGCAGGCAAAGAAAUGCUUCAAAGCCCCAUGGCCACUUCCUGGUGUCCCUUUAACACUGCUGACUGGGUGUUACCAGGAAAGAAAGUGGGAAGCCUCAGCCAGUUCUCCUCUGGACAAGAUAAGUGGCUACUUCGAAAGAAGGCACAGGAAGCAUUUCUUAAUUCACCCCUACAAGAAGAACGUAACUUUCGCCCCGACUGUUACGGCCUCCCAGCAGUUUGUGAUCUCUUUGCCUGUAUGCAGCUUAAAGUCGAUAAAGAAAAGUGGCUGUACAGAACUCCUCUACAGAUGUGAAGGAACGGACUACUAGAAUUGAGCAACUUUCCUGCAGAUUAUCGCACAUCCUUGAGCUGAGUGACUGCAACUUGCCAAACCAUUGUGCAUUCCAAGCCUGACUAGUCAGCUUAGUUCCUCUCCUGCUUAGUUUUUUGACCUAGUAAACAGAAAUCAUAAACUAUGAGUUAAGUCUGUGAAAGAGGCUUGAAGUGGAGGCGAUUCAUUCUUUUGAAAGCCGUAACUUGAUCAACUCCUAUACUAGAAACCAUAUCCCAGUACACAGGCCUUUACCAGCUUCUACAGCAAACACUAGUUUUAAAAGUGAAAUAUUCCUAUAUCAAGUGUGUUAAUGUGUUCAAGGUAGUAAGUUCUCUUAACAUUUGUCUUUUAGCUGUUUCUCUUGUUACAGGCUUCUAGAGAUUUGAAAUUUUUUUCUGUUCAGUUGAUAUAUAGAAUAUUUCACACAGAUAGUUAACCUUGCCAAUACAGUAUAUUUUUCCCUACUAAAUGUUUAUUAGUUAUAUUGCAAAUUUUGAUACUCAUCAGAUAUUUAGCCUACAUACCAUUUCUAACAUUUCUCAUUUGGAAGGAAUUAAGCUACUAUAAUUGUUGCCUUUAUUUCUUUCCAAGUAUCCAGUGAGCUCUUUGAAAGGGACUUUGUUUCAAGACCACUCUUAGGGCAGUCAAAGUCCUACAAACCUUGGCUUUAAAGAACCCUAAAGUGGAAACGUAAAGUGUUAGGAACGUAGUACCUGAACCACUCGACAUCCUAAGGAUUUCUUGGUGCAUCCUGUGUAAAUGGAAGCUGAGCUUGACACGUGGUGCUCUUAACUAGGGAUAAAGUCAAUGUCCUGUCACUUGAAGCACAGCAUCCUGAACCUCCAAAAGUACAGUGCAGUGACAUCUUGAUUAACAGGCUGUGCUCAACACUUGUGCCUUGGAGUGUUUCCUUGAAACUUCACAGAACUGUUAUCCUUGAGUUCUGUACUUUAGAAAGCUUCUCUGUAGGAGUAGCAGGAUAUUCUCUUUUACCAUUCUCCAGGAUACCUAGCUGCUUUCUAUGCUUUGAACUAUUAAUAUUAAGCCUCUGAAAUGCCUCCUAUGCUAUUGGAAGUACUUUGGGAAAAUUUUAUGGUCCCAUAGUGACAUUACCAUACAGCUUUACUAAAGCUCCAAAUCAUAGCUGAAAAGAGCCUCAUAUUUUCUUAUGUCCCCCCAGAUGCCACUGAGUAUUAUAAAGUUGGUAGGUAAACACAAUUUAAGGAGCCUUUCCAACAUUUUAGGUUGCAGGGAACUUUGUAGAAUCUUUUUUGAGGUCUAACACACUGUAUUCACAUUAUUAAAACAUAAUUUUAAGUUAAUCACUUGCUAAUGAUAUAUAAAACUUUCUUUUGCAUUGAUUAAGUUUUAUAUCUCCAUUAAAAGCAUAAUGGCCACAUCACAGUUGUUUGUGUUAUCUGUAAAGCUCAGAAUGUAACAAUUGAUGAGGGGUGCAAUAAAUAAUGAAUAUAUAUAAAGAGUGUAUAGUUUAUGAAUCUUAGCUCUAGCCUUUCCAUAAAAAACUACACAUAUAUUAAAAACACACACAUAUACCAGUGUGAUUUGGCCACCUGUCUUGUACUUGUGUUAUACUAUCUUUCCUGGAGGUUGCUUAGUAUUUACCAUGUUAUGCACCCUGCAGUCCAGUUUUGUGAUGAUCAUUCUUCCCUUUAGUUUCCCAGAAUUAGAAAAUGUCCAGCUCUUAAUUAUUCCCAGAGUUACCAUACGGAAUGAAGGUCAACUCUUGUACUGAGUGUUCUGUUCUAGGAUACUACUCUAAUGAUUAACUUGAAGUAUGUUGAGGUUGUUUAUGUGAGUAUGCUGCAGCUGUCUUAGACACACACUAGAAGAGGGCAUCAGAUCCCAUUAUAGAUGGUUGUGGAAAUUGAACUCAAGAACCUCUAGCAGUCUGUACUCUUAACUGCUGAGCUCUCUCUCCAUCCCAUGCUGAGGUUGUUUAAUGUCAUCCAUGUUGGAGGAAAAUCUUACGUUAUGCUACCAGUAGCCCUUUGUUUUACAUUGUUUUGGCCUAAUUCUGGCAGGGGGGAAAAAAAAAAGCUAUCAGUAGGUAUGUGUGUGUGCGCCCUUGUCAGAGGCUGUCAUUCUCAAGCAUUCUUUACCUUAUCUAGUGGAAGCAGUCUCUCACUUGAACUGAGAGCUAGCCAGCUUGAUCCAAGGAUCCUAUCUCUGCCUGCUGAGCACUGGGAUUACAGGUGGGCUGUCACACUUGUUGGGCAUGUACGUAGGUGUCAGGGAUCCAAGCUCAGUCUUCACACUUGUACAGCGAGUGACUGACCUAUCACCCAGAUGUUAUUAAAUGGAGAUACUAUGUUUUAU